GAAAUCAGUUCAAAUGGAAUUAAGCGCCUCACAUGUACGACUGCGCCAUGAGCCAGCCCUUUGGUGUGUUCUUGGUGUCUUCGUCGAAUACAUUCCAGUGCUGGCACUGACCGGAUUUUGGCUUCGUGCGUGUCAUGAAGGGUUUGACUUUAUCAAAACAUUAGCCAACCGCUAGACCUAUACGUCAAUCAGAAGGUCAGAAAGAAACUUGUCAUAGCGGCCCAUAUUCGACGGAUCUACUGCGUCUGGAGUCCAGAUGAGAAAUAGUGGAUUUGGACACUCAUGUCGUGACUUGACGGCACGUGGACAAGUGACUUGGCUCAUUAUUGUUUCCGAAUUUAACAUAAUAUGAUAUAGCCAUGAAGACAUCGUCGUCGAGCUCUCCAAACGACACCGCAAUUAUGGCGGCACCACAAACUGACGCCAUGUUUACUUUGAUAAUUGAGGCUUGCACGAAAUACGUGUGGGCUUUCUUAGUCACACUCGGCAUCCCUGGCAAUAUCCUUGCUUUGGUGAUAUCUCUACAGAGGACCAACAGGACGAAUGCCGCGUGUCUUUACAUGGCCGCCAUCGCCGCUGCGGACACGCUCCUUCUUGUCUUCUAUGGCGUUUGUCAGUCGACCAUGUUCUGGAUAGUCAAGGAAAGCCUCGGAGAAGUACCUCUCCAAUUUUGUUGGUAUACGGCCUACACGUUCGGCCCAAUCUCAGGCCUGUGUCUCGCCUUGAUGUCCAUAGAUCGUGUGAUCGCGGUUCGUUUUCCACUUCAAGCUAUCAGGUUGUGCACCACAGGUCGAGCCAAGAGGGCGGCAGCCAUCACAUACACCAUUGUCAUUACCCUCAAUCUCCACAUAUUCUUUGUUUACGAACAGGAUGGUCCUCUGAUGCUUCGUGUGCUCAGUCGUGAAUACCCUUUCCUGGAAACGCUGGUCGUUGCGUUUCAUCUUUUCAUCGGGACGCUGCUUCCACUGAGUAUCAUUGUCGUCUGUAAUAUCUGGAUCAUUUUCACCCUUAAAAGCUCCAACAUCAAAAUGGCGGAUCAGAAGGGCGGACAUAGAUCUCGCGAGAAAGAUACAACAUAUAUUACCCGGAUGUUGAUAAUCGUCUGUUUUGCAUAUGUGAUGACUUCAAUGCCAUACAGGCUAAGUCUGACUUUAAUUGAUGGUAUUCAAGCACUUCGCCAACUUUAUGAUAUGAAUUUGACCUAUUGGAAAGUUCGCUAUGCGGCCCUAGCUUGGAUCACGUCCAAUCUGUGGCACUUAAACUACGCCAUCAACUUCUACCUUUACUGCGUGGCAGGAGGGGCCAGGUACAGAAACGAUGUCAAGAGAUUCUUUCAUAAAGUCUGCAUAUGCGGUGAACGUCACUAA